GCCUUGUGUGAGAUGUGAGUCCCGGAUCAGAGGAGGACCAGACGUCUCUAAGGACCCCCCCCCCCUAGACCCCCCGAUUCCUGCCCCCUGCAGGUGAUGGGAGAACAGCAGUGACAAGACGUGGAAGGACAUGUCUUAAGAUGCAGAACACAUCCUGUACCGAGGACAGGAUUCAGCAUGCUCUGGAGAGAUGUCUGCAUGGACUCAGCAGAACGCCGGGCUCCUCCUCUUCCUGGACAGCCGGGCUGUGCCUCAAUUACUGGAGUCUGGAGGAACUGGUGAACCGCGAGGCUGCCAAUCAUAUUAUUUUAGCGGAAAAGAUCCUGGACAGAACCAGACAGGCCCAAGAAAAAUGUGAAUACGAACUUCUUGCCCCCUUGGCUCUGAUGUUCCAUUUUGCGGUUCUUUCGGCUCCCUGGAUCCCUCUAGAGUGUGACCUUCUUCUGAAAGCCUUUGAGACGUUCCACAUCUUCCUCACCUGGCCGGCUCCCUACUGUGACAUCUAUCAGGAGCUCCUCAGUUUCAUCAGUGAAGAGCAGAAAGCUCCAGGAAUCUCCUACCAGCGCCUGGUGAGGGCAGAGCAAGGUCUCCUCACGAAAUCCUCCCUGCCCAGCAUCCUAACGGUGCUGUUGGUGAAUCCCGCGGAGCUUCCUAGAGAGUUCCUAUCAGUUGCUGAACAUCUGAGUAGCACAGAGCAAAGUGCUGAGAACAAAUACAUCUCCCUCAUCCAACAUCUCUACCAGGCCAGCCUGGGCCCUUCUACCCAGAUCUCCGCCAUUGGAGAUACACUCAAGUCGAAGACUUUAGCAGAACUGGAAGCCAUCUUUGCAGAUUUAACGGAGGCUUUGGAAUUCUCGGCCGGCGAGAACAAUGCAGACAAAAAACGGGACUGGCUAAAAGACAGAUUACAGGAGAUCGGGAGACAGGCCGGACUGCUGGGGGAUGGGACAGUUCCUAUUUCCACCGAUCAUUUCCUGCCGAUCUCUCUGCCGGUGCCCAAAUGUUACACAUACAGCUGGGACCAGGACAACUUUGAUGUGCUGAAUAAUAUCAUUUUAAAUGAAGGAUGCACUAGAUCGACGUGUCUUACUCCAGAGUAUGAAGUCAAUGAGGAAGAUGAUGAGGAUGAGGAUGACGAGGAAUUGGAAGAGGUAGAGGAGGAGGUUAAUCAUGAAGGUCACCAAAGGGACUCGGUUUUCUCCAAUCAGUCAAGGUGCUGUGUCUACUGGAACAUCCCAAGCAACUUUCAGGAGGAGAUGGCCAACACCAGCCUGCCACGUGACAUAAUAGACAACAGCACUAAGUCCUUCGUGUCCAGUUUGUCCAGCUGUGUGGACAGCGGUUACAUGGAGGACAGUGAUGACAGCUCCCAGGAGAUGUCCGACAAAACAGAGUACCGAGAAGAAAGGGUCAACCGAAAGUUCACUCAGAAGAUCUGCAAGUUCUUUAAACCAAAGAAUAAUGGACCCAAAGCCAAACUGAAGGCAGAGUUGGGCAAUUCUCCAACCCAUUCUGUAAUGGGCUCAAUGUCCAACCUUCAACAGAGUCUCCCCUUGAGGCGAGCAGGAAGCCUGUACACCCCACAAGCCAGGAGAGUACCGGAACGGUCCAAGAGAUCCAAGUCGCUUCCUCAAAACGCACUCGGUGCCCAUAUUUGGGAGAUCCAACAGAACCAAAUGCUAGCCCUAAACAGAAGACCGUUUCUCAGCUGCAACGAGGACUCUAAGGCUUCAACUUUGAGGGUUGUGGUGUUUGGUUCAGACCGAAUUUCUGGGAAAUUAGCUCGGGCUUACAGCAAUCUCAGGUUGAAGGAAAGCAACUGUCCCCUGUUAACGAGGUUUUUUAAGCUGCAGUUGUACUACGUCCCAGUGAAGAGGAACAGCCCCACUUCGUGUACAUCACUGACAAGCCCAAGUUCCCCUUUAAAGUCUCCCAACCCGCCUGGACCGACCAACCUAGAGGAUGUGAUCGGGGACGAGGAAAGCACUAACGAUAUCUCUCACUACAUCGGGAUGUUGGACCCAUGGUACAAGCGCAAUAUCCAGGGUCUGAUGGACCUCUCCACCCCCGUUUCCUGUCAGACAUCUACUCCUGAAAAUGACUCGGCAGACACGCGGAAAAUGCCCAUCCUUGCCGACAUGGUGCUGUAUUAUUGCCGGUUUGCCAAGCGAUCUUUGCUCCUGCAGCUGUACAGAGCCGAGAUCACCUUUGAUGGAGGCAGAAAACAGACGGAGGUCUUCAUCCAGUCUUUGGAACUUGGUCAUUCCGCGGCUCUAAGAGCCAUCAAAGCUUCAGGUCCCGGGUGUAAGAGGCUCGGAAUAGACGGAGAUCGCGAAGCAAUCCCAUUUACACUACAAAUCGUCUACAGCAAGUCCAGUGUGAGCGGCCGAAGCCGAUGGAGCGAUGGAGAGAAAGUCUGUACGUCCGUCAGCUUGAGGAAAGCAUGCAAUUCAUACGAAGAACUUGAUUCUAGAAUGGAAUGUCUGAAUCUCACUGUACGGGAGGUGGUGAAGAGACAAAACUCCAAGACGAAGAAAAGCUUCAACCAGCAGAUCAGCAUUUCGCAAAUCAAAGUAGACAAAGCGCAGAUUAUUGCGCAGAAUGGAGGAACGUUCCCCUUGUGCCUGGACCAGGAUGAACGCAAAAUCCUUCAGAGGGUCAUCAGGUGUGAAGUUUCGCCGUGUUACAAGCCUGAGAUCAGAGACUUCCGUAAAAUCUAUCUGCCGCACUGGUCACAGACGGCUCAGGACCAGUUCUGCUCCCUCCUGUGCCUGCCGGUGGCAACGUUCAGCGGGGGUCACCUCUAGAGGGCGACGCACAGCUUUAUUGUCCGAUGAAUGCGCCCCCCUCUAAAGAGCGCCAUUUUCUGUCCCUCCGGAACUGGAAUGUCUUCUUUCUAUGGUACGAGAAAACUUUUAAAACCGCAGCAAAGAGAUACUUCAAUGCUGGGUUUGAGGAGCAAAGAAAAAUUCCGAUUGGCCUCCAUCCCAUGCGAUCUUCUGUAGAGGGUUCAUAAUUGAAGUCCAGCCCUUCAUGUAGGACUCUGGGAAGAAGAGAUAUCGGAUACAAUGUAUCAAGGCAGCCAUAUUGUCAAGUAGUUGCUUGAGAAAAUGGACAAGAGGUGUUGGAACCCUGUGGGGUUUCCCUAUCCGCUGGAACCUCGGUUUUCGAGUAA